AUGCAGGGAUUUUGUAAAGGUAAAGUCAUCUAUUUUGUUAACGUUUACUCAUCCUGUGAUAUUGUCAAGAAAAGGCAGAUGUGGGCUGAACUAACCAAUCUUAAAGCAAAUCUUCCUAUCGGGGAGUGGUGUAUCGGUGGUGACUUUAAUGCCAUCAAGCGUAGAUCGGAAAGGAAAGGCUUGAGAGCGCAAUACAGCAGCACAAAAAUGUCUGAGUUUGCUGAAUUUAUAGGAGAAAUGGAGUUGCUGGACUUACCAGGUUUUGGAAAUAAAUACACUUGGUUCAAUUCAGCAGGGGACUCAAUGAGCCGUCUUGACCGUUUCUUGGUUUCGGAAGGUUUAGUCGAUGCUUGGGGUUUGAAGGGGCAAUCAAUUGAAGCUCGGAGUAUCUCAGAUCACUGCCCAAUAUCUCUUCAAGCGAAUUUGCUUAACUGGGGGCCCAAACCAUUUAAGUUCUUCUCAGCUUGGACGACACACCCAAAUUUUUAUUCACUGGUAGAAGAUGUUUGGUCAGUGCCCAUUGCUCAUGGCCGCAGCAUGUUCCGUUUCAAGGAAAAGUUAAAGAUUCUGAAGAGUCGGCUAAAGGUGUGGAAUAGAGAAGUUUUUGGCUUUCAUGAUCUACAAGUGGAUCUCGCUUUUAAUGAGCUUUGUCAGUCUGAUCUGCUGUGUGCAACUGAAAAUGCAACCUAUAUCGCAUCUUCUGCUGUGCAAACUAACAGGCAUAACGCUGAAGCUCAGGUGUGGAGUAAUCUGCAAAUCUGUGAAUCUCUGAUUAAACAAAAAUCCAGGUGCCGUUGGUUAAAAGAAGGUGAUAAAAACUCCAAAUUUUUUCACUCCUAUAUGAAAGCAAGGUUUCGUCGCAACAAUAUUGUCGGUCUUCAGGCGGGGGAUGCGGUUGUUAGUGAUGUUGCAAGUGUUAAGCAGGUGGCUGUAGAACAUUUUAAGGAGCGGUUUCAGGAGCCUUUGCCCAACAGGCCGGUUCCCGACGGUAUUCCUUUUAACACGUUAUCUGCUGAAGAUAAUUGUGGCCUAGAAGCUCCUUUCUCAUUGUAA